AUGCUGAAGUUUCUGGAAAAUGUAAUUCAACUAUGAAUUAAACCAACUGAUUUCUGUUGACUGAUAACUGUAGAUUUCCAUGAUUUUCCAGAUAAUUCUACGAUACUCCAGCUGAUAACAGGAUAUUAUAGCUGAUUCCAGGAUACUCCAGCUGAUUAUAGGAAACACCAACUGAUUCCAGGAUACUCCAGCUGAUUCCAGGACAUUCCAGCUGAUUCCGAGAUACUCCAGAUGAUUUCAGGAUACUCCAGCUGAUUUCAGGGUACUCCAGUUGAUUCCAUGAUAUUAAAGCUGGUUCCAGGAUACUUCAACUGAUUCCAGAAUAUUCCAGCUAAUUCCAGAAUGCUCCAGCUGAUUCCAGAAUAUUCUAGCCGAUUCCAAGAAAACAAGCUGAUUCCAUGAAACACCAGCUGAUUCUAAUUCCGGGACAUUAAAGCUGAUUACAGGAAACAACAGAAUAUUCUAGCUGAUUCCAAGAAAACCAGCUGAUUCCAGGAAACCUGAUUGUAGGAUACUCCAGCUGAUUCAAGGAUACUCCAGCUGAUUCCAGGGUACUCCAGCUAAUUCCAGGAUAUUCUAGCUGAUUCCAGAAUACUUCAGCUGAUUCCAGGAUAAUAAAGCUGAUUCCAGGAUACUCAAGCUUAUUUCAGGAUACUCCAGCUGAUUCCAGGAUAUUAUAGGUGAUUCUAUGAUACUCCAGCUGAUUAUAGGAAACACCAGCUGAUUCCAGGAUACUCCAGCUGAUUCCAGGAUACUUCAGCUGAUUCCAGGAUAUUCCAGCUGAUUCCAGAAUACUCCAGCUGAUUCCAGAAUAUUCUAGCCGAUUCCAAGAAAACAAGCUGAUUCCAUGAAACACUAGCUGAUUCCAGGAUAUACCAGCCAAUUCCAGGAAAUACCAGCCAAUUCCAGGAAGUUCUAGCUGAUUCCCGGAAAUAACACGAUAAGCCACGGAUCAAGAAAAACACCAGUUGUUCCAGGAUGUGAUUGAGGAUAUAUAGUUCAGUUCCUAAUUACUGACUUAUUUUAAGGAUGGAGGAUGUCUGGAUAACCUGGAGCUUGGACCAGAACAGUUCUCAUGGUAGUAGGAUGAACAGCACGGGAGAAGGAUGGAACGAACCAAAUCUAGGAUAUUUCUCUCCGUUAUUUGGAACAUACCUCGCUGUUGAAGAAUGGGAGGCAGUUGCAACUAUUGGAGUGUUGGGUAUCAUCAUUAUUAUCACAAUCAUUGGAAAUAUCUUGGUGAUAUUAUCAGUAUUCAGGCAUCCACCACUGCAAAAUGUUUCAAACUACUUCAUCGUUUCCCUAGCAGUAGCAGACCUUACGGUUGCACUAGCUGUGAUGCCCUUCAACGUAGCGUAUUCUAUUCUGGGGAAAUGGAUCUUUGGAAGUGUGCUUUGUAAGGUCUGGUUGACCUCUGAUGUUCUCUGUUGUACUGCGUCUAUCCUUAAUCUCUGUGCAAUAGCUGUGGACAGGUAUAGAGCUAUUCAUGAUCCAAUCAACUACGCGACCAAGAGAACUGUCUGGAGUGUGAGUAAGAUGAUAUGUUGGGUUUGGUUAAUCUCCUGCCUCAUCUGCCUGCCCCCGCUAAUAGGUUGGAACGACUGGCCAGAGGAGUUUACAGACGAGACUCCUUGCCAACUUACAGAGGAACAGGGAUAUAUAGUGUACUCAGCUUCAGGAUCCUUCUAUAUUCCUCUUAUACUCAUCCUGGUUCUAUACUUCAAGAUAUUUAUUGCGCAGAAAACUAGGAUUAGGAGAAGACGAACCAUUCAGCAACAGAAACCUCAGGCCGGUUUGCCGCUACUUGUUGCUAAGAACAGAAAAGAAAGACGACAUAUCCUUGCAAAUGUCAAGGAGAAGAACCUGAAGAUGUACAUGAAGAGUCGAAAGAACGGAUCUCAUGCUGAUCUCUGCUCCGACAGUAAGCUUCUACCGGGAGGAAAAACCAAAGGUUUCUUCAAUGGAUCAAAGGUCGGAGCUGAGUUUGAGAUGAUGGAUCAAGAUAUUCCCUUGCUGCCCCUCAGCUCAGGGAAGAAAACAACAUCGUCUUCUGAGCUGGUACCAGUCAACACCAACGAUUAUGUUAUGGUCAGAUCUAACUCGGCAGACCCAGUAAAACUGGCAAAGCAGAUAAACAUGGAAAACCGUUCCAAUUCUGCAGAGUUAUUAAACUCUAUUGACCAUGUGAAAUUUUCAGAGUUAGAUAUGACUCAUGAAGGACAUGAAGAUCAAGUUACAUCUCCGAAAGGUUUGUCCCCUGCUGAACCGAAUCCUGGACUACAAAUAAAAUCAUCAAUUCAAAUCAAUUCUUCUCUACAGAUCGAUUUAACAGAACAGGCACAUUCUGCAAUACAAAUAAAUUCCGCAGAGCAUUUCAAUUCUGAAAAACAAAUCAGUUAUAAAAAGCAAUUCAGUUCACAAGCAACGAUCGUAUCUAAAGAGAGAGAGAAAUCUGUAGAGCACAUAUUUAACACAGAAGAUUUUCAAAAUGAAAUUAGUCCAGACCAUAACUUAAAGAUAGAUUCUGAAGAACAUGAAGAGCAGCUGAAUUCUACAGAACAGCUAAAUUCUACAGAGCAGGAUAAUUCUACAGAACAUCUAAAUUCUGCAGAACAGGAUAAUUCUACGGAGCAGCUAAAUUCUACAGAGCACCCAAAUUCUACAGAGCAGCUUGGUUCUUUAGAGCAGCUAAAUAUCUCAGUGCCCCUAAAUUAUACAACUCCGGUCAAUUUGGAGAAGUGUAAUUCAGGAGAUAAAGUAGAAUCACCAAAGCAGCAAAAUUGUAUGAUGCAACAAAAAUUGUUUGAGAAGCCAAAAUCCGAAGAGCAGGUAAAUUCUGUGAGACUUUUAACUGUAGCUAAGCAGCUAAAUUCUUGUGAGCAUCUGAAUUCCAAAGAGCAGUUAAAUACUGGUUUACAAUCUAAUUCUAUAAAAACACAAAACGUUUUGGAAAGAUUGCGACGACCACAAAAACAAAAUUCAGUGAAAAGUUUGAUCCUGAAACUAAACUCGGAGGAGAUUCAACCCCUGAGACUAAACCAUCCUGGUCUAUCCCUCCCCCCAGUUCCUCCCAGUGUUCAUAACAGUACCCGGAGUGUAGGUUCAGGAAAGUCCUGGCGAAGAAAGACUGUUCCAAAAUUUAAAGGUAUCCAGGGCGGGUUUAGGGUCGAGCCAGGAAGAACUAGAACAGAAUUGCUGCAGGAAAGUGCCAGCACCAGACCUUCACUGAAUAUGAAAAUGUUCCAAGAGGAAAAACAGAAAAUAUCCCUGGCGAAGGAGAAGAAAGCUGCACAAACCAUGGGAGUGAUUGUUGGAACCUUUAUUGUCUGCUGGCUGCCGUUUUUUCUCAUGUAA